CUCUGCCCCCUCGGGAUGCGGCUCCCGCGGGAUGCGGCUCCUUGUCGCCGCGGAGGGUCCGGGUACAGGUCUGCUCUGAAUGUCUGGUGGGGUAAAAGCUGCCUGGGGAUCUCCACAGCUGCAGGGUUUGCAGUCCCCACUCCACGUGGACUCCCUCUUCUGUGUCACCUGUUUUCCUGCUCAGCGUUUCCUUGGAUGAUGGUGCUCUCUUUCCUGAGCAGAGCCCUGCCACGAGCCAGGCAUUCACCCAGCCCACUGUGGAGACAACUCUGCUCAGCCACCAGGAAUAAGCCAGUCUUGACUUUAUUCACCAAGAAACCAUGCCCUCUGUGUGAUGAAGCAAAAGAAGUUCUUGAGCCAUACAAGAGAAGGUUUAUUCUGCAGGAGGUGGAUAUUACCCUUCCAGAGAACUCAGCAUGGUAUGAUAAAUACAAACAUGACAUCCCUGUUUUCCACUUGAACGGGAGGUUCCUAAUGAAGCACCGAGUCGACAUUCCAAAGUUUGAGGACCAGCUGAGGAAGCUGGAGUUGCAAAGUGAGGGAAACCAGUGAAGAAAAUGCAGCUGCUCUGAUGCAGAUCGCAAAGGUGAAAAGAACUUUGUGGAAAAAAAAAAAAAAACAUAUUCAUUAACUGGCCUUAAAUUUCUUAGGACUUAUGAGCCUGAAAAACUUGAAUGACUUGUGUUCUGUUUUGUAUUAAUCCCCCAACCCAGCUGCACCAGGAGUUGCCUUUUCUGUGCUGUUCAUUUGCUGCUCUGCUGGGCUGGUGUUCUCUCUGACAGAAUAAAAGCUGCUCCACAACAGCAGAUAAAGUGAACUCUGUUUGUAUGGGGUUGGCAUGGCCAGGUUUGGGUAGUGGGGGGUGGUACAGGGGUGGUUUUUCUGAGGAGCUGCUGGAAGCUUCCCCUGUGUCCAGAUGAGCCAACCAGCUCCAGGAGGGAUCCUCUGGCCACAUCUGAGACCAUCUCUGAUGAGGAGGAAGGAGGAGAGAAUGUUUAAUAAAACAACCACAAACCCUGUUCUCCAUCUCCCUGAACCACUGAGGGGGAGGAGGAAGAGAAAAUUGAGAGUGACGUUAAGCCUUGGAAGAAGGGAAGGGUGGGAUAAAGGAGUUUUAAGGAUUUAGUUUCCUUUGUCUUUAGCCAACUGUGAUUUGAUUGGUAAUAAACUAAUUUCCCUGUGUC